CUAUUUGUAAUCCUUUUAUCCCAAGUUCGGAAAUCCAUCCAAAUGGCGGUGGUCGUCCUUUGUUGCUGCUCUUCUUCGCGCCCAAUUUCGGGUGAAGCUUAUAGGCAAUCUGGACGAUCUCCGGCACAAAUUGACGCCGGAGUUAAUGCUUCAGCAAAACUUGGACUUGAGGAUAUAGUGCAUGUUGGUAUUGAAAAGAUUCUUAAGCCUGUAUUGGAAGUAAAAGCAUUGCUGAAAUCAGAAAAGUUUGGUUUUCUUUCAUUUAGAGGGGAGAAAUUCAUGUCGUCCUUCAGUGACUCAUCUAGUAGAAACCAGAUAUUGUUUGAGACAAGCCUAUUGUUGUCAACCUGCCAGUCCAUGUAUUCAUGGCCUGAUGGUUCCCAAAUGGCCAAGUUUGAGGGAAAUUUUUGUAUUGGUCGAAGGCUGGCAGAUUAUGACCAUUGCACUGUGGCAUUCUUAUUCACUCACAAGAGCAUGUUACCAUUCAGGUUGCCAGCAGUAACAUUUCUUCUAGCAAACAUCUUGAUGUUGACUAUACCUUUUAAUGCUUUAGCGGAAACAUGUGAAGCUGAGAACUCUGUUUUCAACAUGCCUUUGCUGCUCUCUGUUGCCCUUAUAGGGGCUACUGUUGGAGGAUUGCUUGCUCGGCAGAGGAGAGGGGAAUUGAAGCGGUUGAAUGAUCAGCUGCGCCAGAUCAAUGCAGCUCUGAGAAGGCAAGCAAAGAUAGAGUCCUAUGCCCCCAGUUUGAGUUAUGCUCCAGUUGGUAGUAGAAUUCCAGAGAAUGAAGUAAUCGUAGAUUCAAGAAAGGAAGACCUGAUUUCACGUUUGAAAACUGGGAAGAAUUUCUUGAGGAACCAAAAUCCAGAGAAGGCGUUUGUGGAGUUUAAGGCAGCUCUUGAGCUUGCACAGAAUAUGAAGGAUUCCAUUGAGGAGAAAAAAGCUGCUAGAGGCCUGGGGGCAUCUCUGCAAAGGCAAGGGAAGUACCGGGAAGCAAUAAAAUACCAUUCUAUGGUUCUGGCAAUUUCUGAGCGAGGAGGAGAGGAUUGUGGCAACACAGAAGCUUAUGGUGCAAUUGCAGACUGUCAUACUGAGCUUGGGGAACUUGAGCAAGCUGGAAAAUUCUAUGAUAAGUAUAUUGCGAGGUUAGAAAUGGACUGAUUUUUCUGUCUCACCUCUUGGCUCUCUGUCCUUACCAAUAAUGUAGCAUUGUUCCAAUAUUAGUAGAGAUUUUAGUUUGGGUUAUACGCC